AUGUGGCUGUGCCUAGCAGCCAGGGCUCUGAAGCUACGUGUGGUUUUGUUGGACCACAGCCAAGGUAUUCGUUACAGUUUGGAUGUUAGUGUGGAUGAAGUGAAAGCCUUAGCAUCUCUAAUGACAUACAAAUGUGCUGUGGUUGAUGUGCCAUUUGGUGGGGCAAAGGCUGGUGUCAAGAUCAAUCCCAAGAACUACACAGACAAUGAAUUGGAAAAGAUCACAAGACGGUUUACCAUGGAGCUGGCAAAAAAGGGCUUUAUUGGACCUGGUGUUGAUGUGCCUGCUCCUGAUAUGAGCACAGGGGAGAGGGAGAUGUCCUGGAUUGCCGACACCUAUGCCAGUACCAUAGGACACUAUGAUAUUAAUGCACAUGCAUGUGUAACUGGUAAACCCAUCAGCCAGGGUGGGAUCCAUGGACGUAUAUCUGCAACUGGUCGUGGGCUCUUCCAUGGAAUUGAAAAUUUCAUCAAUGAAGCAUCAUAUAUGAGUAUAUUAGGGAUGACUCCUGGAUUUGGAGAUAAAACAUUUGCUGUUCAGGGAUUCGGUAAUGUGGGCUUGCAUUCUAUGAGAUACUUGCAUCGUUUUGGAGCAAAGUGCGUUGCUGUUGGAGAGUUUAAUGGUUCUAUCUGGAAUCCUGAUGGGAUUGACCCAAAGGAACUAGAAGAUUACAAAUUGCAACACGGGACAAUCAUGGGCUUCCCUAAAGCACAGAUACUUGAGGGCAGUAUUCUGGAAACAGACUGUGACAUUCUCAUCCCUGCUGCCAGCGAGAAGCAGUUGACUAAGGCAAAUGCUCACAAGGUUAAAGCAAAAAUUAUUGCUGAAGGUGCCAAUGGGCCUACGACUCCUGAAGCUGACAAAAUCUUCUUGGAACGGAAUAUCAUGGUUAUCCCUGAUCUUUACCUGAACGCUGGUGGUGUAACAGUGUCCUAUUUUGAGUGGCUGAAAAACUUGAACCACGUCAGCUAUGGCCGCUUGACUUUUAAAUAUGAAAGAGAUUCAAACUACCACUUGCUCAUGUCUGUCCAGGAAAGCUUGGAAAGAAAAUUUGGGAAACAUGGUGGAACUAUUCCAGUUGUGCCUACAGCAGAAUUUCAAGAUAGGAUAUCGGGUGCGUCUGAGAAAGACAUUGUCCACUCUGGGUUGGCUUAUACAAUGGAGCGUUCUGCCCGGCAAAUCAUGCGUACUGCCAUGAAGUACAACCUGGGUCUGGACCUGAGAACAGCUGCCUAUGUCAAUGCAAUUGAGAAAGUCUUCAAAGUGUACAAUGAGGCUGGCCUGACCUUUACAUAAAUAGGCCAUUACUGCUCCUUAUUGUAUCCCAUCCCUCUUGCCGUUAAUGUACCCUCUUCUUGAAAAAGCUUAUCACAAGUUUACAUGUAACCACAAAAUUUUCUUUUCUUCUGACAUUAUAGUGGAUUAUAGUCUUGAUUAGUUUCAGUCCAAACUAGUCUUUUUUACAAUAAAAAUCCAUGGAUUAGGAAUGUACACAGGUAUGUAUCUGAAGAUAACGAUUCAUCUGUGCUUGCGGGGGCCAUUCUGGGUAUUUUGCCUACAAAACUAAAUGGUACAUUUUAUGUAUGAAAGAGUGGUCUUGCCACCUGAGCCACUUCUCAGACUUCAGAUCAGAUACUGUACUAGAUGAGCACUUAGCUCAUUAUUACUUCAUGCACUUUCAUUUAAUGAUGUAAUUUUGGCUUUGGCACUUUCAGUAAGGCCUUGUAUGAUCAAUGCUGUUGCAUUGUCAAAGGAAGAAUGGGCCUCCAGCAGGGAUUAAAUUUGAUAGGAGUCUAAUUUUUAUUUCUAGUAAAGCUUCAGGCCUGAUUCUCUUUAGGCAAUGCUUUUCCUUUAACUGUGCUGCUGUUAAUAGGACUGCCUUUCAUUGCUUGUUCAAGCUAGCUUGACUAUCACCAUGAAGUAUGUAGAGGUGACAGACUAAUAUUUUUAUAAGCUCAAACUAUCAAGCAACUCUAGUUAUGUUUUUAAUCAAGUAUCUGUAUAACUAUUCUGACUAUAGGUUGUUUCCUUUUUUUAAAAAAAAGGGAUAGUCUGAAUUUGGUAAGUAGUCAUACUUAGGUCUUUUGGAAUUCUUUGUCUUUUCCUUUCAGAGGCAUUCUGAAAAUUAGAUACUGCCUCAGUGAACAACUAAAGUGAAACUGAACCCAGAAAUCAUUGGCCAAACUACAGAGGAGCUAGAAUGCUGCUAUAAACUUAAUCCACUGUCUUAACACACAGAGCUUUUUUGGGGGUUUUUUUUUUUGGUCAUCAGGAGGUCUUGAAAGUUUUGCGCGUAUUAGAGUACAACAAAAUGGACCUCAACACAAUAUUGGAUCAAGCACAGUUUUUAAAGUGUAAGGCUUUUGUCCAGCGGAGUCCCCUUGAAGUGCCAGGUGUUAUUUAUGUAAUGACUAUAAAUGUUUUUUUUAAAAGACAACUAGUCCUUCCAAGAAAUUCAUGCUUUUUUUUCUAACUACUUUGUAACGGCAUGACAUAACCUGGAGAGAAGAGCAGUUAUUAAAAAAAGUUGACCUUUCCAAACC